AAAUUUGGGAUUUACAUCUCCUAACAAUCAAUGUCGAGCCAUCUCUAAGGAUACGGCGCCGCACAAUCAGCUGCUGCUGCUGAUGCCGCCGCCACAGCCGGUCUCUCCAGCGUCUACACCUCAUGUGCCCUAACCGACUCCUACCUAUCCGACCUGACCCUACGGUACCUUUCCUGGUCGGACACUUCCGCCUCCGCCACCGACCACCAUAGCCGAAGUAGCUCUAUGUAUCUGGCGACGUCGCAUUUGAUGUCCCACCGUUCCCGAUGUCGAGCCCGGCGUUCCCGGCGUCAAACGCCCCUCCGAAGGUUCCACUUGUCGCUCCAAGUGCAUUCCUUUCUGAUAGACCUGGAGAGCCAGAUUGUCCAUACUUUAUAAAGACUCAAAGAUGCAAAUUUGGUAUGAGGUGCAAGUUCAAUCAUCCGAAGACAAACUAGCUGCUGCUGUUGCUUCAGAAAAUUCUGAUGUUUUUGCCUUACCUGAGAGGCCUUCUGAACUCCCAUGUGCAUUCUACUUGAAAAUGGGGCAAUGUAAGUUUGGUCCAACCUGCAAAUUUCAUCAUCCGAAAGAUAUCCAGAUACCAUCAGCCGAGCAAGAGAAUAAAAUUGGAGAAAUUGGGACAACUAUUCAGCUAGAGGGAACUGGAUUUGCUGUGAAGCCUCCUGCACUAUCAUUUAACUCCAAGGGUCUUCCUGGUGAACCCGAUUGUCCAUUCUACCUGAAAACUGGAAGUUGCAAGUAUGGAGCCAGUUGGGCACGACUAAAGAGAACAGAAAAGGCACACUGAGACGAUCUUGUUGCUGCCUUCACCACGCACUCAGUGUAGUCGGCAAUACCUCCUUUGGUGAGAAGAAGGCCACGCAGCUUACGACAGUAGUUCUCCAAUUCUCGUUGCCUAAGGCCCAGAGCAUCAAUUGCAACUUUUACUUCAUCAAAGUGGGAUGAUAUCUUUAUGCUAUUGAUGAUCCUUGCCCCAAAAACAGCACACCAAAUUCCUCAACAAGUUAAGUAGGAAGUUUGUAAUUAGUAAUCUUAUGGCAUGAAUUCUUUAUAAAGUACUGCAACGUAUAAAAGGGCCUUCAUGUGAUCCACGAAGACCUGAUAAUCAACUUGAGUUGAAUUUUAUUGAGAAAAUUCUCAGUGCAGUCAGGACCCCAAAUCAGAUCGAUGCCUCUCUUUAUAUUUAGAGAAAGACCAGGAGUCAUUGAGGGAUCCGACCACAUCACGUCGCCAGGAAUCAAGUUGGGACCUUCUCAUGAAACUCUUCUUUCUCUUUCAUAACCCUCCAUGGGAAGGCCCCAACUUGAUUUCUAUUGACGUGAUGUGGUCGGAUUCCUCAAUUACUCAUGGUCUUUCUCUAAAUAUAGAGAAAGUCAUUGGUUUGAUUUGGUGUCCUGACUGCACUGAGAAAUUUCUCAAUAAAUUUCAACUCAAGUUGAUUAUUAGAUCGCAUGAAGGCUCUGAUGCACGGGAAAAUAGGACAUUACUGAUUACAAACUUUGUUGGCGGGAUGAGAUUUGCGAGGCCAUACCGUAGGUUCAUCAUUUCCUCCUCAGAAUGAUGGAAUCACUUGACGGCAAAUCACGCACCGAUUCUUCUGUUGUGCUCAUCCGUUCAACUGUUUUGGAUAAUUGGAAUAUAAGAUAAUCAAAUGCUUUUCCUUCAGAGAAGAAGCAGCAGUGAAGUUAUAUUUACAAACGAACUCACCAGCCACUUUGCUUUUUUUGACUUGUUUUUUAUCCCAAAGAUUCCCAAGUCUCCAUGAACAUACAUGGCAUUGGGUUGUUUCUUUUGUUAUUUUGAGUCAUCUGCCCCUCGUGUAACUUGUCAUGGAUUUGUGAGGAAAAUAAUAUACUUAAAAAGAAAUUCUUGACGUGUCAUACAUUUCAGC